UUUUUUCCAAAUACAAUGCUAUGAAAAUAAUGUGGAAGUGUUCUGAGGAUUACUGUUUUAAAAUAAUUAUGACUACAAAAUAUUAACAAUAAACGCAUAAUGUUUGAAUUAAAGGCCUGCGUAGUGUGUUUUAGCACAAAUCUGAAAUUGUACAGUAUGGAUAAUGGCCACUUACGACGUGAUUUUAACACGAUAUCCGGAUUACAGACAUGCAGAGGUAAUGGGACCCCAGAUUAUCUUUGUUGGCAGUGCUGUGGUUAUGUUACACAUUUUCUCAAGUUCCGCAAAAAAUGCCAGAGGGCUAAUUUUGCUUUACAAGAAAUGCUAGCCAGGAAUAAUGAGAUAAGCAAAUUUCAUCUUGAGAAUUUCAAUCAUCAAGCAAUUGACAUAAAACCCUCAUUAUCGUAUUUAGAUACAUGUAAAACACACUAUGAAGAGGUCAAGUUUCAAUGGGUUAAAAAUAAUAGGAUAAAUAUAUUUAAAAAUGAUAAAAUAUCAGUUAUUCAUUAUAAUACAUUCCCUAACGAAGAAAGAUUUGCAUUUGAAAGUGAAAUGUGGGAAAAUAAUGAAAACAAAAAUGAAAUUGUUAAAACUGAGACUGCUAAUAAUAUUUCUAUAGAAUUUGAUUUCAAUAAUGAUUUUCCAUUUCAACAAACUGAUGAUAAUGAAGAUCGAGAUGAUAGUUUUAAUAAUGAUCUUAUUGCCAGUGACAAUGAUAAUGAGGAGAAAUUUGUGGAGGAAACUCAAACCGACAGAAAACAAACACCACCAAAAUCAUCAGUUAAAAUAGAUAAAAAAAAUGCAGAUGGUUUAAAAUUAGAUGAAGAGUAUGCUAAUGUGUAUCCAAUUAGUAAAAAAGAGGCUAAGGCUGCAGUGGAGGUUUACAAAAUGUUUAGCACUGGCAAACAUCGCUGUGAUAUCUGUAACAAAGCUUUUUUCAAUGAGAAUCGUUUAAAAGUUCAUUUACGUAUGCAUGAUAAGCAUGUGAGUGGUCCUUUUCGAUGUGAUUUAUGUAUAUAUUACUACAAAACACAAUUUCUAUUAAAAACACAUGUUACAGAAAAGCAUAUGUACAAAUAUGUGUGCAAAGAGUGUCCUGAGGUCAAUUUUGAUAGAACAUCAGCAAAACAGCAUUAUAUCUGGACGCACUUACAAAAGGGGCGCAAGAAAGACGGCAACUGGUAUGAUUCGAGACCUAGCUGGCUCCAUAAUAAAGGUGGCAAGCGAAUUAAGGGUGUAGUUACAAUGCGCCCAGUGAGAAAAACCACAAAGUUUCCAGAAGACUAUUUAAUAUACACUCCAGUUACUCAAGAGGAACAAUAUAAGCUUGUUGAUGAAAGGAAAAAUACCAGAAAUUAUCUACUCUCUAAAUAUAAAUGUGAAUUCUGUUAUAGAGGUUUUAGAGAAACAGCCACUUAUAAUAAACACAUGAAGAAACAUGAUCCUGCAUAUGCAGGCAAAUUUCAAUGUGACAUGUGCAAACUACAUUUCCGUGAUGGCCGUAAGAUGUACAAGCACAUGAACCUCACUCAUCUGUUCAAGUUUUCAUGUCAAAUGUGUAGAUAUGUCUGCUACAACAAGGGCCAAGCACAGAUGCAUUAUAGAUGGCACAAAAAUGUUACAUAUGAAUGUCCACACUGCAAACAGGAAUUCAAGAAGGCUUCAACUCGUUUAACGCAUAUCAGGAUAAAACACCCGUCGACUUAUAUCUGUAAUUUGUGCGGCCACAGUUUCGUGAGUGAAAGUGGACUGUAUUGUCAUAAGAAAAUAGCUCAUAGUGUAGAGGAAAUCGCUCUGAGCGAGAGUACGACUGCAGCUGAUGCAAGUAUAACAAAGGAUGAGAAAGCGAGAGUGGGCACGGCUGUUAGAGAAGUUAAUGGAACUGGAGAGGGAGCGGCGGCGGCAGGGGAGGUGGUUGAUAACGAUCCUCGGUAUUGCGCUGAGUGCGAUAUACGUUUCCUCAGCGAAGCGGCCUACACCACGCACCUUGGCAGUUCUAGUAACCAUACUAGUACCAACAAGUCGAUAAAGUCGCGGCGAAUGGUGAAAAGUGGACGCAGGCCCGGUCGACCCAGCGGCUCGAGGAAGUCUGAAAUACACAACAUAGGAUUGCCCACCGCUACCAACUGUGAAGUGUGUGGGAAAUUCCUGGUCAAUGAUGUUCAAGCGCGCAAACAUUACGAGUCGGAGCAUCCCGGCGCGGACUAUCUCAAGCGGUAUAUGUGUGACGUAUGCGGACAUACUACUAGGCAAUAUGCAAACCUUAUGGUCCACAUGCGUACACACACGCACGAGAAGCCGUACGAGUGUCCGCACUGCGACCGCCGAUUCAGCAUGCCCAGUAACAGAGACCGCCAUCUUGUGGUACAUACCGGUGAAAAGCGCUACCAAUGUCAACAUUGUAACCGCCGAUUCACACAGAGUAGUGCUGUCAAAUUGCACAUACAAACUGUUCAUCUAAAGAUACCGUAUGCUCCUUGGGAUAAGAAAAAUCGAAAACGGCGUAAAGAAUUAGAAGGUACCUCUGCUCCAGUGAGUACAGUGAAUACGGUGAAUGCGGCUUGCCUACUGCCACCACCGAAACUGUUAAUAGACAAUCAAGGGGAUUAUUUGAAUGCGUAUAUAACUUACAAUGUAUGAUUUGUGAUGUAUGUAUUGUGCUAUACUGUCUGAUCGGAUGUUUUGUAUAAGAAAAUGCACUGGCUAUUAUGAUAUUUAAAUGAGAAUGUAAAUAUUAUUUUUAACGUACUUAGGUCCUUAAUUCGUCUAUAUUGUUGAAGGAAGAAGUCUUGCGUUCAGAACAAAAAUGUGCAGUUAGUUGUACACUUUUGUAUUGCGAAACAUUAUUAUACAACAUUGCUAGUAACUGGGACCAGACACCUCAUUUCAAAUGGGGAGAGAAAGUUUCAAGUGCUUGAUUGAGAUUGAUUGAUAGAUUUACUGAACUUACUCACAGUCCCUCUUAGUAAUGUUAGUGUAUGCAAAUUUAAACAGUAUACAAAUUUAGUCUCUAUGAAUCUCAUUUGUAACUACGGCACCAGUAAGAUUGAAGAUUAAUUUAAAAAACUAAAUGCUAAUUUAACAGUAUUUGAAGUGUUCUUGGUAUUGUUCCAAUUUUUUUUUUAUUACGAAAAUGUCCUUGGUAAUAUCGAUACGUUAUUAUCACGUUUAGUUUUCAGUCUUUCCGUUCGACUAUGCUUGAAAUAUGUAUAAAUAUUGCCGUAUAUUCUAUAAAUGUAAUUAAAUUAAAUUAAUUCUAAUAUAAUAGAAAAUUAUUCCUUUAGAGGAGAGACAACAUUUUCGAAACAUUACGUAUGAUCAAUGAAAAUGUAAAAUAUAAUACUAAAUUGUUUUGUAUGGGGAUCUCAUAAUAAUUUCGAAAUAUUUUUUACUGCAAAUUAAAUAUCAUACUAUGUUGUUUAUUAACUUUAUCGCAUUUACUAAUUGUUUAUUAAUUAGAACUUUCCGUAAA